AUGAAGAUUCUUCAGGGUCUGCUGGGAGGUUCUCUGGCGUAUUCUUCAUGUGAGGACAAAUACUGCGGCGAACAUGCGUGUAUGGAAGGUUACAUGAGCAUCGAGACACUUCCCACCGGCGCACUAACCUGCGUCGACAUCAACGAAUGCGACUUGAACAUGUGUCACUCGACCCAAGACUGCGUCAACCUCGAAGGUGGUUAUCAGUGCACAUGCAAAGAAGGAUUCGUCGAAAACAGAAAUCUUCUCACUUUUGAAUAUGCCCCUUGCAAGUCUCUGCAGCCUCACACAGGCAUAGAAAUCCGAAGACGACGUCAGACGGAUGGUGGAUCAGGUGAUGGUCCUGAAGUCGUCGAAGUCGUCGAAGUUGUAGUUACUGCUACUCUUGGAACGGAUGUCGAGUGGAGCGAAGAGCUCAACGAUAAGGAAAGUGACGAAUUUAAAGAUGCCGCGGCUGAUGUCGAGGCUAACCUUGCCGCUAUUUUAAAUGACGAAGGAACAACCGUCGAAUGCACUGGCUUUCAGCAAAGUAGCUCGCGGCGAAAGCGAAGAGCAGCAGGCGACACUGAAGCUAUUGUUGAUAUUACUGUCCAGCAAGAACAAGAAGACACAGGAGAUGGCGCACCGGCACCCGAUCUUGCUGCGAUUGAAGAACAGGUCAAAGAUUCUGUCGUCGCGAGCAUACAAGAAAGUGAUUCAUUCACCGUCGAUGAGUCGUCAAUCACGACAACUUCAAAAGAAACAACUGUUACUGUUUACGACGGCGAGUGUUCGAAAAUCUUCGAAGAAAAUCCUGAAGUUUUCGAUGGACCUGGAACCUUCAAGCGAAAGGGACCCAACUGGGACAAUUACUUCUCUUUCAACAAAAAUUCUGACUCUGUUGGCUGGGCAAUUCCUGAAGACACUAAGUUUCAGUACAACUGCAAACCUAAAAAAUGGAAUCCAUCACAGGACAUUGCAUUCAUGUGCAACAGCGAGGACAAAAUUGUACUCUGCGAGGAUGAAGACUGCGAGAAUCCAACUGAUGAAGAACUGGACAUUGAAAAUGCUAUGUGGAACUGUGGAGAAGAGGAUGAUGAGACCGAAGGAACGUGCAAGAAUAUUUUCGACUCAUUUGAUAAUGUUUUCGAAGAGUCCAAUCACUGGAAAUGGUACAUGGACGGAUGGAACAAAUGGUGGAAAGUCGAACUCGAAGAUCUUCAACAGAGCUCUGGCUUCAAGGUCGGAACAUACUUCUCCCAUCGAUGUAAUAACGACCCCAACCUUAAAUGGCGAAAGAAAGAUAUCUCCUUCAAAUGCACACGCUUCGGAGAUAAAGUCGGCUUCUACCAGUGUGAGGAUCGAAAGUGCGAUGAAGUCCUCAACAGAAGAAUCAAACCAAAAGCUAUGUCCUGGCGAUUUACGUGCGAAGACUAA